UGUAAUUAGUCAAACUAAUUAGUGUUUUUUUGUGUCAAACAUUCAAUAUUCAAAAAACAUCUUCAGAGUAGAGAUGCUGCAGCUGCUAAGGGUUUACUGUACUUUUCGACUGUUAAAUUUAUUGAUGGGCUCAAAUCUCAUUGCCAUCAAUACGAUUAGGACCACAGCUGAUUGAAAGAGAGCCAUGGGGACAGAAGGCAAAUCCCUUCAAAGGGUCAGUGUGGGAGAAAUGCAGAAUGAUUGAAGGUAAGGAAAGUCUAUUAAAGAAGGCUGAUUGAAAGCAUUUCAUUGAACUCCUUGGCAGGGGGCCGUAGAUCAGCUGUAUGUGAAGGCCUGGAGCUGAAGGGAUUUUAAAUAUGUGAAACUACAGGGCAUAGAGGUCAAAAGAGGAAGCAGUCAUGAAAUCCAGACCAUUUUUGUUUAAUCCAGGGACCAUGCUUCUGGUAAAGGCUGAGCAACAACAUCAUUCUCUCUUCCUGAAUUUGUUUGAACAGUAAUGGAAGAUAAUAAAGGUGUGAUGGAUGUCUGUGAUCGGAGGUAAGACAGCAUAUUUCUGUUACAUGUUCUUUCUUUUUUCCAUACUUGAUGUGAAUGGCUUUUACAUCAGCUAAGUCUCAAUUUGAUUUGUGACUUUGACUUAUACUUCAAAGUUUUGGUGGAUUGUCAGUAUUUGUGUCAUUCAGAUCACAUGCAAGAACUGUUGACAUGAACCAGUAUGAUGCAGAACCAUUUGCAGUUCUACUUCCUGGAAAACUUCAUGACUUGACUGUGCUUUGCAUUUCUGGUUGUGUUUUUAUUAACUAGUCAUGACACAGAAAUUGUGACUAUAACAUACUUAGUUGUACAGACAGCUGCACAUUUUAUUAUUAAAUAUCCUUGGGAUAGGAGAAGUAAUUACUGGAUUUAUAUAGCCUCACCCUGAGCCAAAAAGAUGAAGAACUCAGUGAUAAAGCUUGCUGCCUCAGGGACUCUGAAUGUUUGACUUAUCAAAAGACACUCAUAAAUCACUGUUUCUGAAGAUUUUAAAUGAGGAAAUUGACUUUAACUUACAUUUAUUCCCUGAUUUACAAAUCUAUUUUUAUUGGAGAAAAUCAUCAGAAGUUUUAUGAAGGUAAUAUGAAACCAACUGUCUAGUGACAGACAUUCUCCUACUGAGAAAUGUUUAGGUGUGGCUUUGUGCAAAAGCUUUUACCAAGAAAAUCCUUGAAUAGAUGACGGAAACAAAAGUACCCAAAAUAGAUGCUGCUCAGGCAUUCUCUGGAAACAAAGUAAGCAAACAACUUUGUGUUAUCAUAAAAAAAAAUGUGAGAGCACGCACUGCCGAAACACUAAAUUUGUGAAGGAAAAACCAACAUUCAGAUAUUCCCCAACUGGUAAAGAUUACAGAUCUCUAAUGUUUAGGGCAACAAAGGAGGUGCAUUAUGAUAUAACUAUGUUGUUUUCAAGAUAAAGAUUAAUUUGCAUUUGGUGCCACUACAUUCUUCACAGUGGCAGCUUCCAGGGAAGAGGUGUGCCGCAAGUUUUAACUAUCUGUUGAUUAGAUUUAUCUUAGUAACCAGACAGGUAAAUUUCACAGCAUCAGCAACUGUGGAUUCGUUGUCAAACCCCCUUUUCCCCACAUUUGUCUGUCCUCACAGCUAUGUUGGCAAGUUUCUUACAUUUAGCUAAGUUAUCUUCAUUAAUGUGAUCAUGGUCUGUUUUUAUUAAAGUGAGGUGUUGAUUCUGCAUGGAUUCAUGCUUGUGCUGCUGUCAUACUAUGUUAAAUUGAGAUUUAUAAUACCGUAAUUUCCGGACUAUAAGCCGCUACUUUUUUCUCACGCUUUGAACCCUGCGGCUUAUACAACGAUGCGGCUAAUGUAUAGAUUUUUACGUGCGAGCUUCAUGCCAUCAAUACAUUUAGCCUCGUCACAUCAGACCAAUGAAAUUACCAAACAGGUCACAGUGGACCAAUGAAACUGUUCGAAUUAAAUCAAACACACUCUCACUAAAUUCUUCAAAUCAGUCAUUUUGCGCUUCAUGCACACACCGUCAUCAUGGAAAACACACAAAGAAAUGCAUAUGAUGCAGCUGUUGCAGGCCGAGUCUGCUCUCCUUUACCCUCGGCAGGUUGCGAUGUGUGUGUAUGUGUGUGUGAGUGUGACGUGAGGAGGAGCGCUGCAGGUGUGUGUGUUGCAGAGAUGAGUGUGGAAGCGGAGGCAUAGUGAGAUGCACCAUGAUGAUACAGCCAGUUAUACAGGACAAGAGUGGGAAGCCAGUUCACGUGGACAGUUGCUGCUGGUUCAAUAAAGUGCCUCAUUCUCCCCCUGCAAAGUUUGUCCGGACUUAUAUCUGGCGGUUACCAUUAACGAGCCCCGCUAAGCUAAGCGGGCUAGCACGACCCGAGGCUGCCCAACCGCUCAGCUAAGCGGGCUAGCACGACCCGAGGCUGCCCAACCGCUAAGCUAAGCGGGCUAGCACGACCCGAGGCUGCCCAACCGCUAAGCUAAGCGGGCUAGCGCUAGCCGAGGCUGCCCAACCGCUCAGCUAAGCGGGCUAGCGCUACCCGAGGCUGCCCAACCGCGGUUCGGCGGCCGGCAGAAUCGGGUCGGAAACACAGUUUUUAAGUUAAAGGCAACCGAUCUGCCUGUCGAAGAAGGAAAUAGAGCGUAAGCUUGAUAUCAGUGAAUCAAUGGUGAGACGUUGGAGUCGGCCGCGUGAACUGACUCAAUGCGUUUUACUGCGAUGUUACAGGCACUGUUCGGAAAAAGCAUACUUUAAUUAAAAGUUUAAAAAAAUCUUUCUGUGUAAAUAUCUCAUGUUACAACGUGGACACCUGCGGCUUAUAGUCAGGUGCGGCUUGUAUAUGUACAAUUUUUUUUUUCUUUUUAAAUUUAGUGGGUGAGGCUUAUAUUCCGGUGCGCUCAAUAGUCCGGAAAUUACGGUAGUCUAACUUCAGCGAUAGUGAAUAUAUUGUCAGUGCCACUCACGACACAAAUUUACAAAGAAAAAACAAGUCAAUAACAAAUAAUUUUUAUUCAGUUGUUCCCAUUUUGGUAGUUCAGUAGCAAAAUAGGACAAAUCAAAAACUUGGUCUGAUGAUACUUGAAAAAUUAAAGUAUAAUCAAAGUAAUUAUAUAAUCAGCCUCAAGAGACCACCAGUGUUUGUGUCAAUUGUCAUGACAAUCCAUCCAGUAGUCUUGGAGCUGGAAAACAAUUAUUUAGAAAUGUAGAAUGUUGUUCUACAGGUACCAGCUGUAACAGGAGCUACCAGAGGGGUGGUUUUGAGUAUUUUGGCAGGUAUGUCUCUCUCUCUGUCAGUCGCGUUGCAACUGUAAAAGACUUUGCAGUUGUGCCAUUAAAAUCAAAUUGAAGGCCGACUAACAAGACAGGUGAGGUCUGACCCAUGAGGACUAAAUUUUCGACAACGUAAUAACAUUUUGGCUGCUGUGAUCUAUUACCGGAUGGUCUCUUCAUAGCAGUUGAGCCAGCAUGUGUACAUUCCAUGUAGUUGAUAGAGGUACCGCAAGGAACUACAUGGAUGAAUUUGUUAAUUUGUGUGAUUUAUAUCAAAAUUGUACUUUAAAAUGAAAUACUUCUGCUGCUCCUCCAGCCACUCCAUUUACCUUGAUGAACUGGAUCAUUUAUCAGAGCACAGAUAUCCUAUUGUCCUCUUUCUUACCCAGCUCUUACCAGACUUAUUAUCUCUCAAAUCAGACCUCUGGGACCUCACUUUUCUGUGGAGAUGCACCAAACUCUUGUAGCACUACACAAGAACCUGCCUGAAGAUCCCUCGUUGCCAGGUACACGAUGCUAACAAAGUGUAAACAAGUUCAGUUAGCAGCCAGCUAACAGCAGAGGAGGUCUGCAACACCAGCUAUCAGGUACUUCCAGCGCAGCCUUGAUAUAUAUCCCCAGAAACUUUCAUCAUUAACAUCUUGAGUCAUCCCUCAUCUGGCAGUUUCACAACUACAUAUGUCUUGAGUUGUUAAUAGACAACAAUAUAUUCCUUAGACUCCCCAUUGGUCAGUUAGAACUGAAGAUGCCCUCUAAAAGUAAGGUGUCACACCUUGAAGAACGAGAAGACCUGAAGCUCAUAGGAUUACCAUGCCCUGGAUGACCGAGUAUCUACACAGACUAGUCAGCAUCAGCUGGAGUCUGCAAACUAAUUCUACAAACAACAAGAGCAAUCAAGCAAAUUGGCACCGAGCUACAGCAUUAUCAGCAAGGACUGCAUGCAUCUUCAGAGCACAACUCUUCCCAGCAUGCUCAUCAGAGACUGAAUUGGUGGAUCUGCCAGCUGAUGGACCAGUACCCCAACCAGCUAAAAAAUAAUAAAGAACCCAGAAUGGAGCCCUGUGGAACUCCGCAGCUGAGUGGAAGAAAAAGAUACCCUACCAGUUUCUGCUGAGAGUGCCCCUAUAGAUCAACAUUAUUGAUACCAAUAAAAGAUUCCUGAUGAAGUUUGGAUAAAGUUUAUGUUGAUAUGGUCAGCAGCUUAGGUAAGAUUGAGGAGAAUUGAAACAGAGUAAAGACCUACAUGUAGGGCGAUCAGUAGCUUGUUAGGGACCCAUAACCUGAGCAGUUUCAAUACUAUGAAAAGUGCAAAAAUCUGGUUGGAAUUUGCAGGAGACCUGAUUCUCAUUCAUAAAGCGGUAAGUUGUAUGGAGACAGUUUGUUCAAUCAUUUUAUAUAAAAAUGGUAGCUCUGAAAUUACUGUCAACUCUAGGAUCAAGAGCAGCUUUCUCAAUAAGUGGGUCGACAGUGACAUGUUUAAAAUAAUAGGAAAAUAUGCCAGAGAAUAAGAAGUGAUUUAUAAUUGAUAUAUCUGGAUCGACUGUCUCAAUAAUUUAUUUAAAAAAAAAAAAAACAUGUAGGGAUACCUUCAGCUGUGCCGAUGGAGGGAUUUAUAAGUGCAUCGGUGUCUAAUAGGUUUUGAAGACAGAUUUCUUGAAAAUGAGUUGGCAGUGUGAGCAUGGUAUUAUGUCAAGCACACUAGAGUCAGGGGAAAUAAGCUGCAUGACUGCUAAAACUUUAUCUUCAAAAUAAUUCAGAAAUUCUUCACCUCACUGGGUCCUGACAGCUGUAAUCUGGUAGAUUGACAUUGGAACUCUUUAGAACGAGUGGGUGAAACCUCAACAAGAACAGCCUUUUGGUUGGACAGUGCAAAAUCUGCUAAACCGACUUCCUAGACAAAAGUCAUUGGUGAGAACAGGUUAAGAGCCUGACCUUUGUUGCAUGACAGUUUCUCAACAAACUCUGUAAGGGUGUUUCUGAACUCCAAGCAGUUUCUGGGCAUUUUUCACUCCACUCAUUAAGGGCUCAUUUUUCACUGCACUGUCAAGACCUGCUCCCCUAACUGGAAACAACACAACUAUGGCUACAAGUAGAGAGACCUCAAAAAGUUAUUUUGAGCAAUAUAACAAACUUGGAGUUCCAGAAAACAUUUUGUUUUAAAAACUUAAAACUAAAGUUGAAUUUCCCACAGGUGUUACCUGUUCUGGCCUUGCUGCUUUUAUUUUAUUAAUCAAGUAUGUUUUAUUUUUCUCUCAGUCUCUUGUUGUCUACUCUCUGUUCUGUGUAAACACUGCCUGCAGUUCAGCCGAAAAAUUGCUGAAUUUUUGUCCCGACUUUUGGUCACAUUUGAGUCAGUCAUUGCUUCUUGGUGCUGUUGUUUUUUGUUUAUUUAUUUAUUUAUUUUACAAGAACUUGUGCAAGUUUUGACAGUUUUUAAAGGACACAUGUAGAUAUGAGAUAUGAUAUGAAAUAUUUUAAGCUUUGAUUUUGUUUAAAAUUGUUCAUUUAAAGACUGUCUAAAAAUUGAAAUUCUGACAGUUCUCUCUGGUUUUACAGUUUCUGUUUACGAUAAAUGCUGUAAUUUUAAAAACAUGACUUUCAAAUUGGCGGGUGGGUUCUGGGGUUCAGAGCGUUAAAAUAACAGCUUAAUAAAAUUAAAACCAAAACAAAAGAGAAACAGCAGACUUAGAUAUCAAAAUUGCCAGAAGCAGAACCUUGUAUUUAGUCAUGAUUUCUUAAAAAAAAAAAACAAGAAACGAAAAAUUCUCAAAUAAAAGAGUAGGUAUGUAGAUUUGUGGGCCUGUAGCUUAAAAGCAUGCAGAGUUUUUUAUACCUAAAAAAUCUGAAUAGUGGACCUUAUGUCCCAUCAGACUGAAUAACACUGACGAGAUGUUGAUUUGCAUAUAACAGAACAUAAAACACAUACACAGCUUACAUAGAAAUACCUGUCAUCGUGCUAUGAUUCAUUUCUUUACUUUGAAUCAGAGUUUUAAAGGAUGUGUCUCAUAGAGGUGUGGGCUGAUUCGAGAUCUUAAAAAAGUUCUGAGGAAUCAGAGCGGUGCCGGAAACCACAGCUUCUUUACUUUUAAAUAAAAAAAGGCCAAUAACAUGUUCUAACUCUGGAAAACAUGAUAUUGCAACUGAGAACACCUGAGUACUGGAGCAAUUAUUUCUCAGGGGACAAUAAGACUUUCACUUGAAGAGCCCCCUGGAAUCUGUUCCCACAUUACUUCCUCCUCAAGAUCUCCAUCUUUGGCAGAAAGAGCCUUCGGCGGUGGCUUCGCUCUGCAGAGGCCUUGCACUGUAACACAAGAGUUUAUUCAAUCUGUAAUUAAUCCUCGGUCUCUGUCAUUCUGCCUCGCCCUCUCACUGAGGACAGGGUUUGUUUAAGGUAUAGCUACGAGCUAACUCUGCUGCUGUUCCUGGUUCAUUGGGAGGAUAGGAUAAGAAUCUACCUGUAUUGACAUACCUCUACUCCCUCUCUCACUUUCUCCUUCAUUACUCUGCCUCCCUCGCUCUUUGCGCUUAUACCGUCGCCGUAAAUGUUUCAGUGAAGAGCUCAAGUUUAAACCUCUCAAGAGAAAACUAGACGCCCACAUGGAGCAUCUUAAAAUGAGCAUAGGAGCUGCCCGCUGGUUCUGAGAUUAGUUUGACCUCACAUCUCGCAGACUGCAACAGCCUGAUUGACAGCCAAUCUAACAGAAGUGCCUCGCUGUCAGGGUGAAGGAGGCUAGACGUGCACACAUCCACGAGGGAAAUGGACUUCAGGUGUCAGCAGAGGUUGCAGCACUGAAUGAGAGAAUCUGACUGGGACUACACAUCCACUAAGAGAGAGUGUGUGCAGCUACUGAACCUUGAAUUUAGGGGCCGAUUCUGGUGCAGCAUGUCACACUCCCACAGCAGCAAGUCUCAAACGUCAGCCCCUCAGGUCGGCCUCCACACCUGUGAGCCCUGUGGGACCUGCUGCCAGCAGAUGGCAGAAUCACAGCAGGAGAGCAACACCUUCAGCCUGAGGACUCCAGCUGCCAACAGGAGGCACAGCGCUGAUGGCGUCACCAGUUCGGCUCCCGGUCGAGGGCCCGUCGACUCCGACCGCUUCCACCCGUACCGUCGACAGUUCAGCGAGGGAGCUGUGGCGGCUGCUGGGUGUGUCCAGCAGUGUUCUCCUCCCUACAGCCGCCUGCAGGAGGUUUGCAGCCCUGAAGCUUGUCUGCACAGCGACGAGGCGCCAACAUCCUGGGAGCAGUACAACGACAGCAUUCAGAGUUCAUACCCAGACCUACCAGCUGUACCAGUGGAGUCCUGCUUUCUGUCUCGAAGUUAUCCGUCAUACAGUUCAUCGAGUUCAUUGCAACAGGUUUCAUCUAGAUUGUAUCCAAAUAAUGACCAGUCCAGCAGCUCAAAAUAUUCUCUCCAAAGUGUCUCGACUCCAUCGCACCAGGAGAGCACACCACAGUCCCUCUAUCCCAAGCCCAUUUACUCAUACAGCAUCUUGAUUUUCAUGGCUCUGAAGAACAGUAAAACAGGGAGUCUGCCGGUCAGUGAAAUCUACAGCUUCAUGACGGAACACUUCCCAUAUUUCAAGACAGCUCCUGAUGGAUGGAAGAACUCUGUGCGGCACAACUUGUCCCUGAACAAAUGCUUUGAGAAGGUGGAGAACAAAAAUGGGAGCACUUCUCGUAAAGGUUGUCUGUGGGCUCUGAAUCCAGCCAAGGUGGAGAAAAUGCAGGAAGAGCUGCACAAGUGGCGCCGCAAAGACCCCAUCACUGUUCGCAGGAGCAUGGCAAGACCGGAGCUUGAUCGCCUUCUAGGGGAAAAACCGGACAAACUCAGGCCUUUGCCAUCUUUCACCAGUCCGGCGUUAUUAUCCAGAGUGGCUCCCAUCUACAGCACCGCCUCAUCGUCUUGUACCCGGCUUCGACCAGUCUGUCAGCCCUUUCGCCGUUCACAGUAUCCACAUAUUCAACCUCAGCAACCCUGUUAUCUUCCUGAUGCUCAUCCAAACAACUCCUUCGCCCUGUACUCACCCUGUGAACAGCAGUCAGCCACUGCAAAUCUGAACUCUCCCAUGGCUGGGAAGAUGCCGCCUCUUUACAACGGCACCCUACAGGCUGAGUAUAGCGCUGGACCCAAGAGCAUGCAGGACCUGCUGUUGGAGGGAGAAGCCAGUUAUGAUGUCGACACGCUGAACCCCAGUCUGACUGACCUGCAGCUGCAAGGUAACCUGUGGGAGGAGUUAAGAGACGACAGCCUGGUGUCAGAGUCACAAGUUGCCACGACAACCUCGUCCAGUACCUCCGUCCUGCAGGAUCACCGCAUCCAGACCAGCUGCCUGCAAAACACAUCUGUCUGUCAGACAUCAGCGAUGACCGCCGGUGGUCGAUGUAAAGUAGAAUAUGAGGAUGAGGAAACAGGCCAUGGACGAAACGCAGAGCAGCCUGCCUAUUUGAACGGACGGCACCCUGUGGUUUACUCAGGAGUGGAGAGUUUGGCCGGAUAUCUGACCUCCUGCACCACGUCCAUCUCCUUAAUGUAAACCUCUCGCCUCUUUUACCAUCUCUGACAAUAAACGUACUUUGUGAACCUGAA